AUGACUUCCAUUUUUUGCGCUAUAUCUUAUAUUAAAAACGUUUCAGGAUCAAGUAAAUCUGUAGCGGAAAAUACCCCUCUUAAACUUCAAACAUUAGAAGAUUACCCAUCAAUGUAUGAUCUCCCUAUAUCUCCACCCUUUGGUAUUUUCACAGCAUCGGUUCAAGACCCUAGCACUCCGGAAGGUGAUAAUGCAGCUUUCCGUUUAAAAAGAGAAUCUUAUGAUGGCGUAACUGCAUCCCAAGUUACAAUGUCCGUUUUGUGUAAAUAUAAUCCCAAAGGUCGUCAUGCUAAUGUGGCCGAUGCCACAAAAUGUCAAUCUAUAAUCUCGGUAGCUGGAAACUCUAAAACCGCUGAUAGUAAAUCAAUAAAAGAUAGAAAAUCAAGAAACGAACAGUUAGAACAAUUAGCAGAAAAAUUUAGUCCACCCCCUAAUAAAAAACAACCUCGAAACGUACCAGACAAGAUAACUGAAGACCUACAAGAAGAAAGCUCUUCGAGGGCGAAAAGACUGAAACUUGCUGUAGGUCAAAUUAACGAAAAUAAAGGAGAUGAGAGUGCGGAAGUUCAACCCAAUGCUGUAGAUUUAACUCGAUUAGACAAAAACUCUACUGAACAUCUGAAUACCAGAGUUGAAACUGAUACUGACGGCCUAUAUUCAGAUGAAGAACAACCAGAUAAUUCGGAAGAUGUAAACACUCCCUAA